AUUCAGUAGAGACUGUCGAACGGAACACAACGUAUACCGUAACAUAAAUACAAAUUUUAUUGUAAAUUUUUCGUAUCACGUAAAAUCUGUAGCGUCGCCCAACAAAAUUUCUAGUUAGCCAAAUUCAACGUUUUAUUUUUAGUUCCGUUUUUAAAUUUUGGUUUAUUUAAAACGCGUUUCGAAAAUGCCUUCAUUUCGCGAUCUAUUUCUGUUGCGUUCGGCCAGCCGGUUGCUCACGUACAAAAAACCCAUCCGCGUGGUCGCGCACUGCCUUCGAACGUAUGCGACCAAGUGCAAGAAGCCCAAGGGCGUGGUCGUCGGCGUCUACAAAAGGGACAGCGACAAGCCGGCAAAGAUCACGGAGAGUGCCGUCACCCUGGACGACUCGGUGGGCGGUAAGGUGGUGCAGUGGAUCCGUGAGCGUAACAUGGACGGCAGCCCGGGCAAGGGUCUGCUGUUUAGCGGCAUCGAGGGCGAAUUCCAGGCGAUUGCCGUCGUAGGUCUCGGUGACUACGAUGCCGCCUUCGACGAGGAGGAGGAAUUGGAUAUGGGCAUGGAGAAUGUCCGUGUGGCCGCCGGUGCUGGCGCACGCGCCCUGCAGCUGCAGGGAAUGCACGAGGUGUAUGUGGAUGGCAUGGGCUAUCCAGAGCAGGCCGCCGAGGGCGCCUCCUUGGCCGUUUGGCGCUUCAACAUGAACAAGAGGAAGAAGAACCGCACACGGACACCCAAGCUGGACAUGUACGGCAAGGGGGACCGCGAGGCUUGGACCCGUGGCUUGUUCAAGGCCGAGUCCCAGAAUCUGGCCCGUCGCCUCUCCGAUAUGCCAGCGAACAUGAUGACCCCGUCCGUGUUCGCCCAGGCCGCCGUCGAUGCCCUGUGCCCCUGCGGCGUUACUGUGGAGGUGCGCUCCAUGGACUGGAUCGAGGACAUGGGCAUCUCCUCCUUCUUGAUGAUCGCCAAGGGUUCCUGCGAGCCGCCCCUGAUGCUCGAGUGCGCUUACUGCGGCACUGCUCCGGAAGAGAAGUCCGUGCUGCUGCUGGGCCUCGGCUUGACCUUCAACAGUGGCGGCCUCUGCCUCAAGAAGAAGACGGGCAUGGACCAGUACCGCGGCGCGUUGGCUGGAGCUGCCGUGUGUGUGGGCGUGCUCCGCGCCGCUUCCGCCCUCUCGCUGCCGAUGAACAUCUCGGCGAUCAUCCCACUCUGCGAGCACAUGCCCUCCGGCAUGGCGGUCAAGUGCGGCGAUGUGGUGACCCUGCUGAACGGCAUCACCAUGGGCGUCAAGGAUGUGGGCAAGGCGCCCGUUGUGGUGAUGGCCGAUCCCCUGCUUUACGGCCAGGCCACGCACAAGCCCAAAAUGAUCGUUGACAUCGGUACGGUGGCCCAAGGCGUUAACUACGGACUCGGCGGCGGGGCAACUGGGCUGUGGACUACGUCCGACUUUGUGCACAAGGAGUUCCGCAAGGCUGGCGGCAUAACUGGCGAUCGGAUCUGGCGCUUCCCGCUCUUCAAGUACUACCACCAGAUCGUCACCAAGAACACCACCUACGAUCUGAGCAACUGUGGCCGUGGACCGGCCACCUCCUGCCUGGCCGCCGCCAUUCUGCGCAGCCUGGUCCCAUGCGUUGACUGGGCCCAUCUGGACAACCGUGGCACAGGCAUGCUGACCACAACCAACCCACUGCCCUACUUGCUGAAGAACCAGAUGACCGGCCGCCCCACACGCACAGUCAUCCAGUUCCUGUACCAGCUUGCCUGCUCCCAGUCUUAGUCCAAGCUUUUUGAUCGCAUGUUCUAGAACACAUUGUUGUAAUUUGGCUUUAAACAUCAAUGUUAGAUCCAACCCAACCCACUGCCGUACCCGCUCAAGCGCCGGUUGACCGGACGCCCCACUCCCAAUUCAUUACCUGGCCUGCUACCAGUUCUAGUCUAAAUUUUGGCUAUAAUCUUAUCAAACACAUGUUGUAAUAAUUUAACUUGAAACAUCAAUUGUUGUUCAAUAUCAAUAUUUAUUCCCAAUAAAUGCAUUUGUUGGAUGGA